CUCUAUGUAAAAUGCAGGAAAACAUGCUCCAAUCGUCCCUAAGUUUAGAACCUUGCCUUGUCAAUAAGUGCAUACGUUCGUUCUCCCCAUCUGCAUUGGUCGACGCAUUUCGGAUCUACCCAUCACCAUAGGUGCGCCUACGUAUGGUACAGGGAUCGAGCUCGUUUGGAGGCAGAGAUGCGUCAAUGAAACCAAGUAUAAAAGAGCGGGCCUCUGAGACGUCAAAUCACUACAUCCGCACCUCCUAACAACAACACAUCAUGCAGGCCUUUUACAUCUUGGCCUUCCUCCCUGCCCUGAUCCUCGCUGAGGCUGAUAGCGGCUAUGGAUAUGCCCCCAAGUUCUACUGUCGAGACACCAACACCUCCAUCUACGCCGAGGUCUGCGUUCCUGGCUUCACCAACGAAGUCAAGCCCGUUGAACUUGACGUGAAGUAGGCUGCUGACGAUGAGUAUUGCUACACCCAAACCAAGACUGAGUGCGAGGAGACCACCAAGAACGUGGAACGUGAGAUCUGCACCUACAACUAUGUGGAGAAGAAAGAGACGCUUUCUGCCACUACCACCCAGGUCACCUAUGAAGAGAAGUCUGAGACCAUGAAGGUCACCACUUGCAAACCCUCUGCCGGAUACGGACCCGAGCAUUAUGGUAGCAAGGGAGAACACCAAUACUGCCAUGAGGAGUACCAGACCCAUGAGUACAGAGUGCCCAAGGUUGACACCCCUGUGGAUGUCCCCGUUGAGGUGUCUGUGCCCGAGCCCGUGAAGGAGUGCUUCAAGAAGACCCUCGAGAUCACCGAGGUCGUCUGCAAGGACGUUGAGGAGCGCAAGUGCAUCAGCUUGACCAAGUUGGAAGAGGCCAAGGAAUCGGUCGACCAAUCCGAGGUUAUUUUGGGCGAUCCCGACUGCAAGCAAGUCACUCUUACUCUUCCCACUCAGGCUUGUUCCAAGCAACACGGUUAUGGUCAUUAAUGAACCAAGUUGUGAACAACAAUCUCCCCAUCCAAUCUUCCCUCCCAUCAAAACUUAAAUGUGUGCAAAAUGUUGUUACAGAGUCGGAUCUAGUCAGUUUUAUUAAACUUUUGUGCAAAAACGGAGACAGAAACCAAUGGGUCCACAUAACCUGUGUGGUACUGAUUGGUUACUUCUCCUUUGGAGCUGUGAUAUUUUUCAACCAUUAUCAAUACGAUCACAUGCAAAUAAUGGCAUAAUGUUAUAUCGGUGUGCAGAAUAAAACAAAUGUUGAAUCCUAA